UCCUUUUAUUUUAAUUUCCAAUUCAAGCCACCAUUUAGGACACUUCAUUUUCAGCUUUCCUUGGUCUCCGGCUUUUACAUUUUCUAUCUUUAACCAGGUCAUAGUUUUAUGGCCUUUGCUCUUGACAUUUCAUUGAAAAAUAGAGAACAAAUUUAUCAAACAUGCGUGUUGUUUUGCACAGACAGUGAUCAGAUGUUUUGUAAGUGAGCCUGCCGAACUUCUCAACUCAAGAUGUAUUCAUUGUCUGAAUUUCAAAAGAGACCAGAGAAUGGUUUAUAAAGGUGAUUUUGUUGUUAUUGGAAUCUCCGUUGGUUUGGCCCUUGGUAUCUUGAUAGCUUCACUUGUAUUUUUCGGCAUAAGGUGGUACAAGAGGCGUGCUUAUCUCCGACGGUGUUCAAAUGAUCGUAGCCUUCCAACUCUUCCAAUACGCAUGAAUGGCUUGGGUACAAGCAAUGACUUUAGUGACUCUCUUGCAAAUUCCAUCACCAUCCAGGGAACAGAACACCCUCAGAAGAGCUCUCAGGUUUCUUCUUGGUGGAAUCAUCACAGUAAAGAUCGGUUUGCUUCUACAUCAGGCAUACUUAGAUAUUCUUACAAGGAUAUUCAGAAAGCUACUCAAAAUUUCACAACAGUUUUGGGACAAGGUUCAUUUGGUCCUGUAUACAAAGCAGUUAUGCCUACUGGAGAAAUAUUAGCUGUAAAGGUGCUUGCAUCUAACUCAAAGCAGGGGGAGAAAGAGUUCCAAACAGAGGUAUCUCUAUUAGGAAGGCUGCACCACCGGAAUCUUGUGAAUUUGUUAGGGUAUUGCAUAGAUAAAGGAAACCACAUGUUGAUCUAUGAGUUCAUGAGUAAUGGGAGCUUAGCAAACCACCUUUAUAAUGAUGAAGAACAAUUUUUGAGUUGGGAAGAAAGAAUUCAAAUUGCUCUUGAUAUUUCACAUGGAAUUGAAUAUCUUCAUGAAGGGGCAGUCCCACCUGUCAUACAUCGUGAUUUGAAGUCUGCAAACAUAUUGCUGGACCAGUCAAUGAGAGCUAAAGUUGCUGAUUUUGGACUUUCAAAGGAAGAGGUCUUUGAUGAGCGCAACUCUGGCUUGAAAGGCACAUAUGGCUACAUAGAUCCAGUGUACAUAUCCACAAACAAGUUCACCAUGAAGAGUGACAUCUACAGUUUUGGUAUUAUCAUGUUCGAACUUAUUACAGCCAUCCACCCACAUCAAAACCUAAUGGAAUAUGUUAAUCUUGCUGGUAUGAGCCCAGAUGGUGUUGACGAAAUACUAGACAAGAGGCUGGUUGGAGAAUGCAACAUUGAAGAAGUGAGGGGCCUAGCUACCGUUGCCCACAAAUGCUUGCAAAAAUUCCAAAGGAAGCGACCCUCGAUAGGAGAAGUUUCGCAGGCUAUACUGAAGAUAAAACAAAGGUGCCUUGCCAAGGAAGACACCAUGUCUAUAGAAGUUUCACGAGUUCUAACCAGGAUAGACGAUCAACAGGUGGAGUUGAGUAGGAUGGCCAGCAUAAAAGAUGUGGAGUGAAUUCUUUGAGGAUCCUCUUGCAAUUCUGCUUCUUCUCUGUUUAAUCUCUCCAUGUUCCACUCUCAUCAAACUAGCAUGAUAUACCAGAUAGACACCGAUGAGUUCCUUUUGCAUACUCGAGUUAAAGGUCCCUUCAAGAUUCAAGGCGGUCAUUAGCUCGACCAUGCUCUAAUUAAUUUUCUAUUGUUUCACAAUUUUUAUAUACCUGACCGCAUAGAAUGAGACUGAAAGAUGGGUAUAAUUCUCGUCCUGGUCUUUGCAUCAACAGUUCACACUAUAAAUUUUGUAGAUAUUUCAUCUUUUAUGUCUUGAGAAACUCUUUUGAAGAA